CCCCGUAUGUUAGUUCGGUUGCCAAAUCCCCGUUUGAGAGGAGACCAAUCGCCGGACGCGGCAUCAGCUCCGAUCAGAGCAUUCACCGGCAUCCAGAAAGACAAUUGAAUCCUUAACUCUAAAAUUGUUAAGCCUAAAAGGAGAAAUGGAAGAAGAUGAGGAUGAUAGGGUUUUGUUCAGUAGUUUGGGUGUUACAUCUGCUAAACAAGAAGAUAUCGAGCACAGUGUAUUCGAACAGGCAAAAGAUAACCUUGAGGAUGGCAAUGAAGCUGCAAAGAAUACAGAGGCAGAAAUUACUGAACACAAUGCUUCGUUGUCUACCAAAACCACCGAUUUGUAUAAUAAACUUAGAGCUGUGGAAGUUGAAAUACAGGCGAUUAAACAUGGUUUUGAACACUUAGAGAACUUCAGGAAAAAUGACGCGCAGGCAACUUGUAGAGAAGAUGACAAUGAAGAAAGGGCUUCAGAGAGUGAGCAAAACAGUACUCGGGCUCCUCUUAAUGAUUUAAACCUUCAGCAUGCUUUAGCUGCUAAUCGACUAAAAAGCCUUUUAGAAACAAAAAUUGAACUAGAAAAGGGAAUCUCUGAAUCAUCUACAAAUAAUAUGCAUAUUACUCGUUCUUUGUUAAGAGAUCUUGUUAAGGACCCCGCACCCAAAAAAAGGCCGAAAGAAGCCAAGAACCCAAUCAAGAAUAAGAAAAGAAGGGUAAAGAUUGCAUCAUUGGAUGAUGAUGAUGAUUUUGAUGCGGUACUGAAUGCUGCAUCUUCUGGAUUUGUUGAAACAGAAAGGGAUCAGCUGGUGAGAAAAGGAAUCCUAACGCCCUUCCACAAGCUCAAUGGUUUUGAGCGUCGAAUUCAAGAAUCUGGGCCAUCCAGUAGGCAUGGUAUAGAAGAACAUGAUACCUGCACUUCGACUAGCUUAGCCAAUGCUAUCCGCUCAAUAUCAGAGGCUGCAAAGUCUAGACCAACUACAAAGCUGCUUGAUUCUUCAUUAUUACCAAAACUUGAUCCACCUACACAUCCCUUUCACUUUCAAACACAUAGAAAACUCGUGAAAAAUGGCGCAAAUGAUAAGAGUAGGAUGAGAAGGCCUAAGCCCAGCAAAAAAUGGAGAACGGAAACCUGCCGUGAAGAUAAACCUGAUGAAGCACCAGAUGACGAAUGUUCUAGUCAUGAAGAUGAAAAAGAAGUUGAAAAUGUGGACGAUGAAAGACCAUCAUUUGUGAUGCUUGACGGUGGAUUAAAAAUUCAAGAGACGAUUUUUGACAAACUUUUUGACUAUCAAAAGGUUGGAGUGCAAUGGCUAUGGGAACUUCACUGCCAAAAGGCUGGUGGAAUUAUUGGAGAUGAGAUGGGUCUUGGUAAAACGAUACAGGUUUUAGCGUUUCUUGGAUCAUUACAUUAUAGUAAUUUGUACAAGCCAAGCAUCAUUGUAUGCCCUGUCACUCUACUGCAGCAAUGGAAGAGGGAAGCACAGAAAUGGUAUCCAAGCUUUCAUGUUGAGAUAUUACAUGAUUCAGCUCAUGACUUGCAUAGAAAGAGUAAGCAAUCAAAAUCUGAAGAUAGUGAUUAUGAAAGUGAAGAACUACUUGACAGCGACGUUGAUAAAAAAUCUUUUAGGAAUACCAAUAAAUGGGGUACAGUUAUAGAUCGUGUUUUAAGGUCAGACUCUGGUCUACUGGUCACUACGUAUGAGCAACUGCGUGUACUAGGAGAUAAAUUACUUGAUAUAGAGUGGGGUUAUGCUGUAUUAGAUGAAGGUCAUCGAAUUCGGAAUCCAAAUGCAGAAAUUACUCUUGUUUGCAAGCAGUUGCAGACAGUACAUCGCAUCAUAAUGACUGGUGCUCCUAUACAGAAUAAGCUCACUGAAUUAUGGUCAUUGUUUGAUUUUGUCUUCCCUGGAAAGCUGGGUGUCCUUCCUGUCUUUGAGGCAGAAUUUUCUGUUCCCAUUUCCGUUGGUGGUUAUGCUAAUGCAACACCGUUGCAAGUCUCCACCGCUUACAGGUAUGCAUUGCAAAAUUUGGAAGUGUGUAGUUUUAAAUUCAAUUUCUGGUCUGAUACAUGUUUCUGUUUAGUCUAAAAGUGGAAAGAUGCCAGGGUUAUUUAAUUCAUACAUUUUUUAAAAUACAUGUUGCUCGAUGAAAAAUGUAUGACCCAGGACUUAUAAGUUCUAUCUUUUGCGGCCUUUGAAAGAAUACUAAACUAAAAUCUGGCUGGGAAAAUAAGGAAGAGGACGCAUCAGUUUAUUAUAUUUAAAUUGUACUAUUUUAUGUUUUAUUUCGGGUGUGAAUGAAUUACAGGAGACAACAAUGUAUGAGGAUGAUGGCUUUUAAGUUUCUUAUCAUACUUCCCUUUUAGAAGGCUGGGGCAAAAUGGCAUCUAGCAUUAAAGUUGAGCGUGAAUUUAUAUUUCCAACUGACUUUAGACCGUUAAUUGAUGCUAUGAAUUUAAUGUCACUUACCCCAACUUUGUUGCAAUGGCGAGUGAUGCUGAUGAGGAACAAGUGAAGUAAAUGAAUCACGCUAGUUGUG